ACAAUAUCAGUUUCUUACAGCGUCCAAUUGGGAAAGGGGGACAGAAAAGGCGAACAUCUACACACCAGGUCCAGAAUUAAUCGGAUUCCAGCCAUGUCUGAAUCCUCAAAAAGUGAUGAUCCUGUGCUCGAGGCACAGUUGUCUCGAACAGAGUCCAUGCGGGCUGUUGCACAUUCUUUCAGCCCUAUACAUGAAUUCGUCUUUGUGGCGGUAGUCUGCAUGGCUCAGUUCAUGACCCAAGCUGCCUUGAGUGUCUGCUUGUCGCCAUUGGACAUAAUCGGAAAGAGCUUCGACAUCACCAAUCCCGGCAUCUUGAGUUGGCUAAUUGCUGGAUAUUCUUUGACAGUCGGCACGUUCAUCUUAUUCUUUGGACGAUGUGGUGAUCUGUUUGGCUAUCGGCUCAUGCUUCUUAUCGGCUUCUCCUGGUUUUCGCUCUGGUCUUUAGUAGCCGGCGUAAGCGUCUAUUCCAACUAUAUACUCUUCAUUUUUGCCCGGACUCUGCAGGGCCUUGGACCAGCAAUGCUGUUCCCUAACGCUCUUGCCAUUCUUGGAGCUACAUAUCCGCCCGGAAACAAGAAACGUCUGGUAUUUUCUCUUUUUGGGGGUAUGGCUCCGGGCGGAGCAGUGGUUGGCUCCGUCUUUGCGGCAUUAUUGGCCGAACUCGCUUGGUGGCCUUGGGCAUUUUGGUGUAUGGCUAUCUAUUGCCUGCUUCUUGCCGGCGUCGUAUACUUGGUGGUUCCUCCGACGCCGUCACAUACUGCAGAUAUGGGAUUGCCCGAAAUUCUUUCUGAGCUGGACCUCGUAGGAGCAGCUCUCGGAGUCACGGGACUAAUCUUGGUGAAUAUCGCAUGGAAUCAAGGCCCAGUGGUGGGCUGGCAAAAAGCCUAUGUCUACAUUCUGUUGAUCGUUGGAUUCCUGUUCUUGGCCGCAUUCAUCUACUAUGAGAUUUCCGUUUCACCACAUCCGCUGAUCCCAUUCGAAACAUUGAACACAGACGUUUGCUUCAUCCUAGGAUGUGUGGCUUGUGGGUGGUCCAGCUUUGGAAUCUGGGUAUUUUACACUUGGAGGUUCCUCGAAGACAUUCGCGGAAGCACACCUCUCCUAGCAGCCGCGCAGUUUGUUCCUCCCGCACCCUCGGGUCUCAUGGCCUCGUUCGCCACAGCUUAUUUGAUGGGAAAGCUAAAGCCCGGCUGGAUAAUGCUCAUUGCACUUUCAGCAUUUACCAUCGGUAGCAUAUUUAUGGCCAUCAGUCCUGUGAGCCAGACAUACUGGGGGCUCACGUUUGUUUCGGUAUUGGUCAUGCCAUGGGGGAUGGACAUGUCUUUUCCGGCCGCAACUGUUAUACUUUCCGAUGCGGUAGGGCGUCGCAAUCAGGGCGUAGCAGCGUCUUUGGUGACUACUGUGGUGAAUUACAGUAUUUCCAUCGGACUCGGUAUUGCAGGGACGGUGGAAGUCCACCGUAAUCACGGAGGGUUGACUUUCGACGACAGGUUGAAGGGGUAUCACGCAGCACAAUAUACGGGCAUCGGGAUUGGCGGACUGGGCAUCGUUCUGAGUCUUCUGGCCAUCUCACACAGUCAAAUCGGGAUAAUCGGCGACGGAAAGCUUGCUUUUGUGUAG